CAUUACUAUUGGUGUAUGUAAAGUAGGUUGCAAGAUAAGACGGGUGAUAGGUAACUAUUUUAGGCGAGGCUGGACGACUACAGUGUCUUUUGUAGCCUUACCACAGUCAAGGAGUCAAGAGACAUCAUGCUGGUGUUGGUAUUGGCGGCUCUAGCGGCUGCGGCCUCGGCGGCGGACGUCACCAUCGGUAACCAUUGGAACGGCGGGUUCCAGGCGAAGGCCUGCGUCCCCAUCACCACUGAGCUUCACAGCUGGAAGGCUCACUUGAAGUUCUCUGAGGCUGUGGACACCGUAGAAGUCGGUACAGCCGAUGUCCAGAAGUUGAGUGGCGGAAAGGAAUUCGUCCUGACGAACAAGCAGUGGAACGCAGAUGAACACGCUGGUGACACACUGUGUCUGGACAUUGUCGGCCACACCACUGGUGACAUCAACCCUAAAACAACCAUCACUAUAGAGGGCAAUGUGGCUGGAGCUACUCAGGCACCUCCGAAGGUGGUUCACACAGGAGGCGGUACAGCAAGAUACAACUAUGGCGAGGCUCUUGGCAAGUCCAUCCUGUUCUAUGACGCUCAGAGAUCCGGCAAACUUCCGGCCAACAACCCCAUCAAGUGGCGAGGUGACUCCGCCCUGGGAGACAAGGGAGAUAAUGGGGAGGAUCUGACCGGAGGCUGGUAUGAUGCUGGUGAUCACGUCAAGUUCAGCUUGCCCAUGUCCAGCUCCUCCACCCUCCUGCUGUGGGGCUACUUACAGUGGAAAGAUGCCUAUGCCACAACGAAACAAACAGACAAAUUCUUUGACAUGAUCAAGUGGCCCUUGGACUACUACUUGAAGUGCUGGAUUCCAGCUAGUCAGACGCUGUAUGCACAGGUUGGAGAAGGCAAUGACGACCACCACUUCUGGGGCCGUGCUGAGGACAUGAAGAUGGCCAGACCCGCCUACAAACUCACACCAAGCAAACCUGGAUCAGAUGUUGCUGGAGAGAUUGCUGCCUCCCUAGCUGCUGGGUAUAUGGCAUUCAAGGAAAGAGAUAAGGCCUAUGCCACCAAACUUCUGACUGCAUCAAAGCAGAUAUAUGAGUUCGGAAAGAAGUAUCCUGGAAAGUACAGCCAGAGUAUCUCGGAUGCCGGCCAGUUCUACUCAUCCAGCGGAUUCAAGGACGAGAUGUGUGAGGGCGCCAUGUGGCUGUACAAAGCAACAGGUGACAAGUCCUACCUGGCCGAUGCCAAGGGAUACCACGAGAAUGCCUGGGCGUGGGCUCUAGGAUGGGACGAUAAGAAAAUAGCUUGCCAGCUGAUGUUGUACGAGGCUACAAAAGACACGGCCUACAAGGACGAAGUGGAGGGUUUCUUCAAGGGCUGGCUCCCUGGUGGCUCCAUCACCUACACUCCAUGUGGACAGGCGUGGAGGGACCAGUGGGGAUCCAACAGAUAUGCAGGUGAUGCAGCAUUCGCCGCUCUGGUGGCUGCUGAUGCUGGUCUUGACACUGCAACCUACAGGAAGUGGGCAGUUGGGCAGAUCAACUACAUCCUCGGCGACAACAACUACGGUAUCAGUUACCAGAUCGGCUUCGGCUCCAAAUACCCGAGGAGUCCUCAUCACAGAUCCGCUUCCUGCCCCGACCGUCCAGCUCCCUGCACAGAGGCCAACCUACACUCUUCCGGUCCUAGCCCCCAGCUCCUUGUGGGCGCCAUAGUGGGAGGCCCUGGUAAAGAUGACUCCUACAAGGACAACAGGGAGGACUACGUCCACAACGAGGUGGCCUGCGACUACAACUCAGGCUUCCAGUCUGCUCUGGCUGGUCUCACUCAUCUUGUCAACACCAAGGAGCUGCCAGCCAUUCCCGCACCAAAGUGUCAUGGUUAAAAAUAUUAUUCUUUGAAUAAAAAAUAGUCAUUGUA